AUGCCACCAUCCAUUUCAUUAACAUGCCUACCUCACAGUCGAGGACGUGAUAUUGAGGAAGACGAUAAAGAGUUUGAAGGAUACCUCUUCGCAGGCCAAGAUGAUGACACCGAAGAGGAAGUCGUACUCAACGAUGCAGAUGGUAACUCUGGUUCUAUCCCAGAUGUAUUAGAUCCAUAUGACGCAGUGUAUGCAAAUAUGCCCGAGGAUACCCACAUGCUGGAGCCUGUUGAGAACUGUCCACAUUGCAACGCGAAGAAGUUUGAGUCUGAGCCUCGCGGAUUCUGCUACCGCGGCGGGAUUAAGCUAUCCACACCUGAUACACCACCCGAGCUCAUGAGGCUGUGGUCAAGUUCAGAUGCUGAUGCUAGGCACUUUCGUGUGAACAUCAGAUGUUUCAAUGGGCAUUUCUCAUUCACUUCACUGUAUUGUCAGCUUGAUCGUAUCACCACCAAUAUGAGGACCGCUGGGGUAUACACGUUUCAUGCGUAUGGCCAAAUUUACCAUAACCUUAGAUCGUUUGGUAGAGAUGGUACGGAACCUAGACACCUGGAACUUUACUUCUACAAUGACGACCCCAGCCUUGAAAAUUGGUGCCACAAGUGCCGGCAGAAGUGCAUAGAGAUGGACAAGGAGGUGAUUCGAAAGUUGGUCGACAUCAUGCGUGGUAACCUGUACUCUGAACAUAUCAGGAGUAUGGGGCAGAAUGAGAAUCUUGACAGCUAUCAUGUGGAAUUGAACCUUGAUCAGCGGUUAGAUCAGAGAACAUAUAACAUACCGCUCACAUCUGAAGUGACCACUAUAUGGAUAGAAGGGAGCGAGCGUCGAGGUCAAUUCGAGAAUAGUGUUGUCCUGCAUGGGAAGGAUAGGUCUAUACAUGGCAUCCGGUCAUAUCAUGGGUGCUACGAUGCACUCUCGUACUCUGUAUUUUUUCCAAGAGGUGAACUUGGGUGGCACAACAUGAUUCCAAAGGCAGGUGUUACUAUGGAAGAAGUGAAUGCCGCUCACGAGAUACGCAAGCAACGUUGGCAGGGCAAUGGUAAUGAUGAUCUAGAGUCUGCUAUAAAUCUAUGCAUGUCUGUGCGUGAUUACUACUGCUACCAAUUUCAGAUGCGGCCAGGAAUAUUUAACCCAAUAUUGCAUGGCAAGCGUCUUUUCCAGCAGUUUGUUGUGGACACUUAUGUCAAGAUCGAGAGCUCUCGUUUAGACUACUUCCGUAAUAAUCAGAAUCAAAUAAGGGCUGAUAUAUACCAAGGUCUUAUUGACAGUCUUCAUGCCGACGAGGGACGAGCAUAUGCAAUUGGCAAGUGUACUUUGAUGGGUACGUCAUUCAUCGUAGGGCCUCGGGACAUGAGGCGGCGGUACAUGGAUGCUAUGGCAUUGGUGCGAAAGAGCAUUAAGUCCGUGAAAUUUUUAUUCAAAUAUAUAUACAAGGGGCAUGACCGAGCGUCCGUGUCCGUGAGAGAAUCUGCCAAGGAGGAUGAGAAUGGUUACAUCAACGAGAUCAAGCAGUACAGGGACGCCAGGUGGGUUACUCCUCCAGAUGCGCCGUGGAGGAUAUAA